AUGAACUCCAUUUUGAAUUUGGAAGAUUACGAAUGCUGCCUCAACAUAUUAUCUCUGAGCUACAAAUACUUGCCUGAACAUUUGAAACCAUGCUUUCUUUAUAUGGGAAUUUUUCUAGAAAAUCAGGAAAUUCGUGUUCUUCAACUUAUCAAACUUUGGAUUGCCGAGGGUCUUGUUGAACCCGAUCGUAAUAGCAAGAGUUUGGAAGAGAUUGGUCAGGAUUAUUUAAAGGAUCUCAUUGACUGGAAUUUGGUUUUAGUACAGAAAUCAGGAGCAAUAGGAAACUUUAAAACGUGCUAUCUUCAUGAUUGUAUACGUGACUUAUGCUUAAGGAUUGCUCGUGAAGAGAAGUUCGUGUAUGCCUCAAGAAAUCAUUACAUUCCACAAGACAUCCUUAAUGAGCAUCGCGUUAUUCUUCUUGGGAACCAUCUCUCUCAAGAAUUUGAUAUCUUAUAUCCACUAAGGUGCCGCACUCUAAUAUGCAGCGGUGGUAAUUUGCCGCAGCUAGAGGAUAAAUCAUUGCAUGUAUUGGACGCCGUUCAUAUAAAUUCUUUUGAAGAUAUCUUUCAACAUGCUGACCUCCGUUACAUUGGAUGUCACACCACCUCUGUGUGCAGAGUUCCUUCAACCAUAUCCAACCUUUUGAGUUUGCAGACUAUAAUUUGCUGCAACAGUAGUAUGGUUUCAGCCCCUAUGGAAAUAUGGAAUAUGAAACAUCUCAGACAUGUAGAAUUUAGUGAAAUUUCUCUUCCCGAUCCACCUUCAUCCACAGCCAAACCAGACGAGCAGAUCUUGCCAUGCCUACAUACUUUUAUGAGAAUCGUAAAUUUCAGUUGCUCGGCUGAAGUCCUGUGGAGGAUGCAACGCGUCAAGAAACUAAAAAUCAAAUAUGACGGGACAGAGGGAGAUUAUUGUAUUGCAAAUCUCCAUCAUUUCUCGAUGCUCGAAUCAUUGAAAAUCUGCUUCUGUCUGGACACAAGUAAGAACUUAAGGUUGCUGCGGCGUCUUUCUUUUCCAAUCUCUCUUAGGCAGUUGAGUCUAGACAACCUUAAGCUUCGUCGAGCUGAUAUGAACAUAGUGGCCUCUUUGCCUAAUCUUGAAGAUCUCAAACUUAAGGGAAUCACUUCAGGAAGCUGGUGGGGACGUUUUCGAAUGGGAUUUUGCUGUCUGAAAUCUCUGAAAAUUGUGUCUGGUGAUGAAGUUGGUGGAGUUUCUCAUCUGUUGACCAUUCCUUUGGAAAUUGGAGACAUUCCAGGUCUAAGAGUGUUUGAAAUCCGUAACAUCGGAGCAGUGACAGCCAUUUCAGCAGCAAAAAUGUUGGUGGAUAGAGAGAAUUAUGGGAUUGAAGGCCUUCAGGUUAAAGUCUCCUUUAUGAAUAAACAGGAAAUGCUGCAAUUUAAGAGAUUGCAAGAAUUGUCAAACUGGUCAAUAAGCACCAAUUUUACAGUGGAAGCUGGUCCAGAAAUGAGAGUGAGAAGUGAUUUUUGGCACACCUGAAUGCUUGCUUCCAAAAGUUUCAGCACUUCUUUCUUCACAACCUCGUUCAUAGAUUGAAGUGACCGGGUGAUCAUUAUAUUUCUACGGGUUUAUCAUAUCUUUCGUUUUUUAGCUAAGAAUUUACUAACUAUUUGUUGAUGAUAGUCUAGUGAGUCCACUAGGGCUAGGUUAUCCCGGCUACUUAGAUGGAUAUAUAUAUAUUAUAUUUAUAAAGAGUAAACCAUUUUUUAGUCCGGUAACUA